ACGCAAACCUCACUUUCAAAAAAGAAUAAAGAAAGAUCAGUUGAACCUAAAGCUCUCUCUCCUCUUAUUUUCUCUCACUCUUAUCAUCUUCUUGCUCUCCAAUUUCAGCACUAGUGUUCACUUUCUUCUAUGUCGAAUAAUGAGAAGAAAACCCCGUUUCGUUACGAUCCUUUCGACUGUAACCCUCAAGGAUUUAACCGGUUAGGCUAUAACUUCUUUCAAGAUCAUCAUCAAAAUCAAAAUCCUUCCAUGUAUAAUAAUCAACGUCCUUCACCUACACAAGGCCUACAAGGGUUUGAUCCAAGCUCCUACAGCAUGAGCUUCACUGACUGUUUACAUGGCUCCAUGGAUUACAACACUCUAUCAAGAGCUUUUGACAUCUCGUGCUCAUCAUCUGAAGUGAUUAGUCCCAUAGAAGACGCUUCUAAUAAUAAGAAAAGUAGUACUGUACAUGCUGCUGGAGAUUCAGCUGGAAUCAAUGAGAAUCCAUCAACCCCAAAUUCUUCUGUUUCUUCUUCGUCUAAUGAGGCAGCAGCAGAUGAAGAUUCUGAGAACAACAAGAAAGAUAAGCAGCCGAAAGCCCGCGAAAAUGGAGAUCAUGAGAAGAAUAAGAAAGCUGGGAACAAGCCAAAAAAGGAGAAAAAACAAAGGGAGCCGCGGUUUGCUUUCCUCACUAAGAGCGAGAUCGAUCAUCUUGAAGAUGGGUACAGGUGGAGAAAGUACGGACAGAAGGCAGUCAAGAAUAGCCCUUACCCAAGAAGUUACUACAGAUGCACAAGUCAAAAGUGCACAGUGAAGAAACGCGUUGAAAGAUCAUUCCAAGAUCCCACAAUCGUGAUCACAACAUAUGAAGGCCAACACAACCAUCAGUGUCCUGCUACACUUCGAGGCACUGCCGCCGGAAUGCUAUCACCUUCACUUUUUGGAUCUGCGUCGGUUGGUCCCAGCUUUCCUCAGGAGCUCCUCACUCAAUUGCUUCCGCCACUUACAAAUAACCAAGCCGUUCCACCUGCAAUGUACUAUCAGAAUCUUGUACCACAGCAGCAGCUCCAGGUUCCUGAUUAUGGCUUAUUGCAAGAUUUAGUUCCCUCAUUUAUCCAAAAACGGGAGCAAUGAACUCAUCAUCACUUCGUCUCUCUAAAUUAAUUCGCAAAGGGAAUUCGCUUCUCAUAGAUGAACAAAUACCUGCAUGGUAUCGCUCUCUUACAUACCGAGAGAGUUAAUUUCAUAUUUCUGACAUAUUGGAAUUCAUUCACAUUCAUCUCCUGGAGCUUGCAAUACCCCAGCUGCCUUUUUCAAAAAGUGAAUGAUGAUCCCUUUCCGUAUGUCUGUUUGCUAUCUCUGCUGCCAAACUUUGCAUGAAAACAAGUCUCAAAUGCGAGGAUGGUGGGGAAGUGUUAAUAGUAUAUCAUUAUGUUUGUAAAAUUGCAAUUACUAUGGUGGUUGUUUGACCACUUAUAUGGAGGUACGUAAUAUAUAUGGAUAUAUAUGUUGAUGAAGA